GCUGGGCGGUGCCCGGAGCGGGCGCUAUAAGUAGCCCGGCAGCUGGCAGAGUUUCUCAAUGAACAGCUGAGACUCGCAGGUGACCUGUGGCACCGGCUCAACCUCCCCCCAGACCCCUACCCCAAAGUGUGACUGAGGAUCCCUGGUCCUGUGCCUCCCAUAUACCCAGCCUGGGUGCAUUGCCUUAUUACCCCCAUACACAUCCUCUGACUGUGGACGGUGCUUGCUGACAUGUUCCUGGGAUCCCUGCUUCUCGCUGCACUGCUGGCUACUGGUUGCUCCUCCGUGAGGACGGGGGAACCAUCGUGCCCGACAGCUUGUGCGUGCCCGAAAGAAACUCCCACCUGCGCCCCUGGCAUCAGCCUCGUCACCGACAGCUGUGGGUGCUGCAAGGUUUGUGCCCGGCAGUACAACCAGGACUGCGAUUUACGGCACCCCUGCGAUCACAUCAAGGGGCUGCACUGUGACUUCGGAGCUGACCCUUCAUCAAGCUUAGGGAUCUGCAGAGCAAAGUUUGAAGGGCGACCCUGCGAAUUCUUUGGGCAGAUCUACCAGAACGGAGAGAACUUUCAGCCCAACUGCAAACACCAGUGCACCUGCAUGGACGGAGUGGUGGGCUGCAUGCCCCUGUGCCCCCAGGAGUUGGCGCUGCCCAGCGCGGACUGCAUCAAUCCAAGACUGGCCAAGGUCCCCGGACAGUGUUGCGAGGAAUGGUUGUGUGGCAGCAACCACAUCCCGGAGGACUCUGGAGACACCACCACCGGAGACGUGGAUGACUCGUUGAAGUCAUCUGAAGAGAUUGUAGACCAGGAGGAUGUUGAACCAGUGGCCAGUAACGAGCUCAUAACAUUGGUCCGAAAUGGAUUCAAGGUGGAGACAGCCCUGGGCCCUCAUCCUCAGCCAGACCGUUCCAGCUGUGCCAUCCAAACCACAGAAUGGUCUCAGUGCUCCAAAUCUUGUGGCAUGGGACUGUCUACCAGGAUAACCAACGACAAUCCGCAGUGCAAGCUGAUGAAGGAAACCCGUCUGUGCCAAAUCCGGCCGUGCAAGGACCCUUUCCCAGCAAAACCCAAGAACGGGAAGAGAUGCACCAGGACAAAGAAAGCCAAGCAGGCCGUCCACUUCACUUACGCGGGCUGCAGCAGUGUACGACGCUACAAGCCUCACUACUGUGGAUCCUGCACCGAUGGAAGGUGCUGCACCCCAUUCAAAACCCGCACCAUGCGCGUCCGCUUCCGCUGCGAAGACGGGGACACUUUCCAGAAAAGCAUGAUGUGGAUUGAAAAGUGCCGGUGUCAACAGAACUGCCCAUACCACAGCGAGCUGUCUUACCCGCAUUAUCGGUUACACAACGACAUCCACAAGUUCACAGACUGAGCGGCCAGGACCUGUUUUUUGUUUUUAUCCAGACUUAUGGGGCGGUGGCCACUAGCCGUGGCUCCCCAACCUUUAAACCAUUUCCAACCUACAGUGCCCCGACCACCGGCAAUUCGGUGGCGAUGCAGGGACAGGGCGUCACAACCAACACAUGGUCCAGAGACCCAAGAGUUACCAUUGACCCUUGUUUAAUCUCGCCUACGUGGAAAAGAGCUGUGAUGCAUUUCACAGGCUUAGCAAUGGUAGAGAGGCGGUGAUGCAGACUUAUUCCAGUAUGGGUGAAGGAUACAUUACUGUUAGCGGCUAUAGAGUGCAGUACAUCUAGAUCGUAGGUCUGGUGUUGAUGCGUGUUACUCCCGCUACAGGGAUAAAUCAGGGUAAUUGUACAGAAUGACUGUGGGACAGUAUUAUGAAACAAGGGACUAUAGAUGUCCUACCGUGGCAGGAAUAGAGUUGACGGAUUUUUGCGUCUGUUUCCACGAGCUGUGGCAAAAACCAUGGUGACUUCAAAGUAGAGAACGCUACACACUGUAAGAUGUAUAAAACUAGGAAUAUUGGGUGUUACCCUACGGGGACACUUUGACGUCCCCAUGAGGAAGGUUCCAAUUUAAGCACCUGGAAAAAAAAAUGGGUGAUUGUAGUGUACACUAGUGAAAUAGCGGACCGUGGUCUUCUAUUGUCGUUCUACACAACGACACUGAACCCACCACCUUGGAGACCAAGGCUAAACCGAUUGUGUUCAAUCGGGCCUUACUGUAACGUAAUAUAACCGGAGGUUUUUUCCUUCCUGAGUUUAGAAGUGAUAGCGCAGACAUUGUGUGACCCCCGAAACGUCACAGGCGGACAUAUUGGAUUACGUUUUUGUUGGAAGUCAUUCUUGAGAACUGUAUCUUGGUUUACAACAUGCCCAGUAUGAAUAAACGUCUACUGGAAGCCAUCACGAUACAGCGAGUGGAUUAGGGCCGAAACGAAAUCCAUUGAACUAGUUUAGACAAACAUUAUCCAGUAACGUGAGUAAUCCUAGGAUAAUAUCCAGCGCCGUGAUUGAUGAGGCUAGUUAUUGGAUGUGAGUAGAGACAGCACGCAGGUCUUGAGAGCUAUGCGUGACCCAGAUAUUGAAACGGGCCUUUUCUAACCCGUGCAGUGUUUUUAAAAGGGAUCAAUUAUAUUAUUGUUGUAGCCUAACCCACAGUCUGUGGAAGAGAUCAGACUUUUGAACGCUUGGUACAUUGCGUGGCGUCUGAGAGAAUGCAGGAUCAGGAAUUGUGUGUGUGUGUGUGUGUGUGUGUGUGUGUGUAUGUGAGUGUGUUUGUGUGAGGGGGGUGCCGGUGGGGCCCUGUCGGAGAGGCAGUAUUUGGCAGUGAAUAAGGGAACUGGGCUACAGUUUGUAGUUUCCAUAAGGGCACUUUAAAUGAUUUGCUGCUGAUAAAACAGCUUAAUCUGUCGCCUGCCCCUCUUGCCUGGGCCACCGUCUGUCGUCGGCCCACGGUCGGCACUUUUUUUGAAAGUCAAGUUGACCGCAGUGCCUCAGUCGGUGAAGGAGCCAAAGACUGAUUGGCCGUGGGGAUCUAUCAAAAAGGUUCCAAAAAUGAAACAAAAACAUUUACAUAGUCCACUUACAGCAGUUUGGCAUAGUCUACCAAAGUUACUUUUUGUAUUAUUAUGAUUUAACUGUUACUUUAGCUGAUGGUCUAGUCUCGUUACGUGUCAUUUCGAAACUUUUUUUUUUUAAUUCAGCUUUUAUUUUUCUCUAUAACAAUAUUAGACUUUUAGAAAUGGAGGGAAUAACUCCAUAUACUUUUUUACCCAGCAUAAAUAGAGUUUACUGUUUUCCCGAUGAAUAACGAGUACUUGUCACCUGGAUGCAGCCAUUUUUCAUAGGAUGAAGAAAAAGUGUUUUUGAGAAUGAACUUUUUAGGAACUGGUGACAAGUGGCCAAGGCAUUUACUAGGAAAACAAACACAGCCGGCACUGAGGCGAUAGGCCACACCCACAAGAUGGCUACCUCCACUACUUUAUGUGGACAUAACAGGUGUACUUUAAAGAUGUUUCAACCACUUCUUUGGUUGUUCUCUAGCACUUGGGGGUGCAUAUAGCCUUGAUAUACGCUGAAGUAGUGGAGCCGGCUGCAAAACCAAGCCUUAUUGUCAAGACAUAGUGUAAUAUGGAACUGUGCAGGAUGCAACAUAUAUAUAACUAGGAGAGGAAAGGGUGUGUGAGGAGUGUGUGGGGGGUCCUUGUACUGCCGACACUGAGAUAUGUCAUAAAUAGAUUUCUGUGACACAUCAAUAAGCAAUAUUUGCUUCCCGAUAGAGGUGUAAUCUUUUGUCUAAUGUUAGUGUCUUUUUUCUGUGUAAAGGGUAAAGUAUUUUUUUAAUACAUUAUUUACAUUUAAAUUGUGUCCCCAUCGUAGGGUUAAAACGAAAUAUUGUAUGUAUUUAAAAGGGUUAGCUAGUUGACAUAACUCCCUGUUCGCUCUGCACGGACGGGGUACGGUUGUAUCUCACUAGCAGUGGGGGUUCCAUGUAAGAACGCAACCCCAUUAGAAAAACCGCGUGAGGGUGAGGGGUUGUGUUUAUCUGGGAUUGUAAAAAGUGUACAACCCCCGUUUAAGGCUUCUGUGACUGAUUUUUAAAAUAUAUACAAUGUCUGUAUGUCUGACAGUAUUACAAGCUUUUAUAUGUAAAGUUUAAUAAAAAAAUACAUGUAUAUAGAAAA